CCUACAUAGAGCCCCGCGGCCGAGAACAGGCAGCUAGCAUUAAUUAGGAAGCAAGCAUUUCUUCCUUGCACCGCAGAUGGUAAUUAAGUAUACACCGCAGAUGGUAAUUAAGUAUAUAUGCUGCAAAAGUGUAGCAAGUGAACUGACAACAUCGUUGGACACUGGAGAGGCGACAUGGAAGACGCCAUGGCAGCCGUCGAAGGCGGCACGGAGGCUGUCGUAGUCCAGGACGUCGGCGCGGCACAAGGAUAAUCUCUCAUCGGCUCCCUCCAAGGUAUGCAAAUGAACGUUCUUGCGGUCCGCUUCACAUGAUUGGUGCACGAUGCCAUUGAAGCAAGUGAUGGAUUAGAAAAGGUAACUAGGAGGUAUAUAUGCAAGAUGCAUGUGCUUAGACGUACCUGGGUCUCUAGCGGUUCCCCUGACACGAUAGCCACGGUGGAGGAGCUCCUUCACCACCCAUGACCCAAUGAAGCCCCCUGCCCCCGUGACACAAACUAGCUCCUGCGCUCGCUGCUUAUCAGCACUGCUGUUAUUGGCCAUGGAAUCGAUUUCUGGCUGUAACUUGCAACACUGAGAGAGAAUUGAUUCUCUUUCCUGCCACACAAACUUGCCUUGUGGGUUUCCGUGUAUUUAUAAUGCAAUGCAAGCUUAUACCUGGCCUGGGUCUCUAUCUAUCUAACUUUUUAAGAGUUUAUGGCUGUGUGCAUAGCCAAGGGUAUUCCCCUCUUUUCGGAAAACAAAACUCUAACUAUAAAAAGAAGCUAGGCAAGUGGGGCGUACUAUCUGGCUAGGACCAGUGCUAUAUAAAUACCUAGAUACAUCAGCAACAGGAGAACAAUCAGAAGUUAAUUAAGCACAUAUAUAGUACCAAAAGGAGAGUCAUGGAGCCUAACAUGGGGCAAGCCCUGGCUGCCGUCCUCAUACUGCUGGUGACCACGAGAGUGCUAUGGUAUCUGCUUUGGAGGCCGUAUGUUGUGGCCAGGUGGUUCGGGCGGCAGGGCAUCCGAGGUCCACCUUACAGGUUUCUGGUUGGGUCUCUGCCGGAGUGCCAAACGAUGCUGGUUGCCGGGAGAGCCAAGGCUCUGGACACCAGCUCUCAUGACUGCAUCGCCACCGUGCAACCCUUCUUCCGGAAAUGGGCCUCCCAGUAUGGUAAAACAUUCCUGUACUGGUUGGGGCCGACACCAGCCCUUUGUUGUACUGACAUGGAGCUUGUGAAGCAAAUGUUCACCGACAGGACAGACGUGUUCCAAAAAGAAUACUUGAAUCCGAGCCUGGACUCAAUUCUAGGGAACGGGGUCAUAUUUGCAAACGGAGAUGACUGGAAGCGACGCCGCAAAUUCGUCCACCCGGCUUUCAACCAGGAGACGAUCAAGUCCAUGUCAACAAUAGCGUGGGAGUGCACACAGCAGGCGAUGGAACGGUGGUGUGCCCAACUGCAAGGGCGGCAGCAAGCCGAGAUAGACAUGAGGCACGACUCCGACGAGAUAGCCAUGGGUGUCAUUGCACAAGUGAUGUUGGGCAAGGACCACGAGGAGGCCCGGGAGGUGUUCGUCGCCGGAAGGGAGCAGAUGGAGAUUGCCGCAUAUGCGUUCGCAGAUCUCCCGUUACCUGGAUUCAGGUACCUGCCGACACGUCGCAACCGUCGGACGUGGCAGCUCGAUAAGCUCGUGACAAGCAAGAUCUCGCACAUCCUAAAGGCACGACUUGCCAGCAGCGUCUACGAAGAUGACCUGCUCGGGCAGAUGCUGCAGCUGCAGGCAUGUAGAAGCAGCGCCGAGACUCUGAGCACCCGGGAGAUGAUCGGCGAGUGCAGGACUCUAUUCGCGGCGGGGUACGAAACCAGCGCCAGCGUCAUAACUUGGGCGAUGUUCCUGCUCGCCAGCUACCCACGCUGGCAGGACAUGGUCAGGGAGGAGGUCGCACGGGAAUAUCCUGCUCACCAGCUUCCCCCGGUUGACACCCUUGGCAAACUCAAGCUGCUUGACAUGGUACUCCUGGAGACGCUGAGGCUCUAUGGCCCCCUAACUUUCCUGCAGAGGAAGACCAUCUCGGACACCAUCCUCGCCAACACGAAGGUGCCGAAAGGAACGAUGAUAUCAAUCCCGCUGCUGAUGUUGCACCGGGACAAAGAGGUCUGGGGACCCGACGCUGACGAGUUUAACCCAAUGAGGUUCCAGAGUGGCGUCUCGAGGGACACCAAGCUUUCACGCGCGCUGCUGGCCUUCUCAUAUGGGCCGAGGGUCUGUGCUGGGCAGAACUUCGCCAUGGUCGAGGUGCAGAUCGUGAUAGCCACCAUCCUCAGGAGUUUCUCCUUCUCCCUGUCCCCCAGUUACGUGCACAAGCCCAGCAAUUUCGUCACCCUAUUGCCCAGGUACGGGCUCCCUCUCAUCGUCAGGAACCUGCAGCAGCUGACUGGGUGAUCUUCUGGAGCUCCCUCGAUCUUCUUUGAUGUGUCGUCAUGUGCUACGCCUACGCCAUAAUAUUUACAGUAGUCAUAAUCAGCAAAUGUUCGCUGGGAGGGAUGACAAUUGUGAACGUUUUGAUGACAACUUUAGUUGUCAUGAGGACCACAAAGAUGGCAAUUCUAGUUUGCAAGCACGACAUUUUUCUGGUGAAAAACAGAACUGCACCGGAGGUUCCAUGCUCUGACCAACACAAACUGCCAUCAAAAUUGUUCGCAAAUUUCAUCUUUCCCAGCGAAUGUUCGCUGGCUAUUGGGGUCCAAUAUUAUGUAUUACCUCUGUACCGAAAUACUUGUAGCGGGGGAAGCUAGUACAAGUUCCCCAACUACAAGUAUUUCGGUGCGGAGGGAGUAGUUAAUAAGCUCAGCCACUUUGGCAUACAUUUGAAAUGUAUGAUUAUGUUGUUAUAUAUAUAUAUUGUUGUUCUUCCGAGCUA